AUGUGUGACGGGCCGGAUUUCAAUACACUAAUCUUUUUCCUAAUAACGUCGUCGGUGGCUGCUAUUCUUGAAGUCCCAUCUUUGAUUGGAGUCGAGAGAAAGAUCCCAACAGGUCCGGAUCUUUUACAUAAUGCGCCUCAUCAUAAUCCUCAUCAGCCUUCACCAGGACAUCGUCAUUGGAUCGGAGUCGAGGAAAAAAAUAUCGAACGGUCUUGGAAUUAUGUGGAUUAUGAUUCUCCUCAUCUACAUAAACCUAUACAUAGUGCUCCUCAGCCUUCACCAUUAUAUCGUCAUUUGAUUGGAGUCUAG